AUAAUUUAAACAAAUGUGCAAUUUUAAAACAUGAACUCUUGUGUUGUGUAUGGUUGUACAAGUAACACAUCAACUGCCGAUUCCAGGGUUCAGUAUUACUAUUUUCCGAAACAUCCUUUAGUUGCCCAGCAAUGGUUAGCAGCAUGCUGGCAACCUGAACCAAUCGACAUUGCAAAUGCUCAAAUAUGUUCAAUACAUUUUGAUAGCUCAUGCUUUUCAACUGAAUAUAAAAUGGACUACUUGGGAAAUUAUACGAAAGUCUUAAAAUUCGAUGCCAUUCCUAACCUUUACCUUCCAAACACGCAACAAUCAAUUAUACUAAAAACAGCAGAUGAUCCAGUUUCCACCGAUAGGAUAAAUUCUGGAGACAUUAAGGAUAUAAUGGUAUUCGAACUUCAAACAGUUCCUUUGCCGGUCAACAACUUUGUCACAUUGACUACAAAUCAAAUUGCAGACGGUUGCAGCACCAGUCAAGUCUUGGCAGAUAACGAAAAGUAUAAACACGUCACUAAUAAAACUCAACUGGAACAUAUUAAAAAUGCAAACCUAAUUCUAAAAAGAAACUGCGAAGAAUACCAAAUGGUUAUAAAUCAACUAAAAGAAAAAAUUAAUAGAAGGCGCGAAGAAGUGAAAUUGGUAAAUGAAGAAAUUAGAAAAAUCUCACGUCAUCUUGAUGCCGCUCGCAUAAAUAAUUUGUCCGUAGCAGAACAAAGAAAUAUUCUGUCCAAAGUGUUCUCAGAGUCUCAAAUAAAAAUCUUGUCGGGCAAGAAAAAGAUAUAUUGGAGCAAUGACGAUAUGGCCAUGGGUUAUACCAUACGUCAAAUAAGUAAUAAGAGGUGCUACUUUUACCUGUCGAAAAAAUUAAAUUUUCCGUUACCCGCUUUGUCGAGUAUUAAACGAUGGUCUACUUUGAAAAAAAGUGAAUUGAAUGGAAAUUUAAAAAAAGAAGAGUCGAAGUUUAUUGAAGAUGUGGAAUAAUACGUAAUUUUAUAUUCUGCAGAAAUGCCUAAUAUACUAUAUACUUAACUGUAUUUUAAUUUAUAAAACGUAGUACUAUUUCAAUACUAUAAGGGUCAUUUGAAUGAGCUGUAACAAGUAGAAUUAUAUGUAUGGGCAAUUUUUACAAAUAAAACUACUUUAAAUUUCUA